AACCAGUCAUAAAUUAUUUACAAACAACCUUGUGUAAAGUGAUUUAUACUGGUUACACUCUCUACAUUGGUGUGGUCUCUUUACUUGAUAAAAUCCGAGAUGCAGAACACAGCAAAAAGUAGGGUCACACUGUGGCAGUUAUGUAAAAGGAUCAACAUAAGAGGCAAUCUCCAGGUUCAGCCACAGCGGACAAAAGUUCUGUCUGUGGAAAACAUGAACCCCCAUGUUAAGAAUAUGGAAUAUGCUGUCAGAGGGCCGAUAGUAAUCCGAGCAGGUGAAAUUGAGCAGGAAUUGGCAAAGGGUGUUAAGAAACCAUUCAGUGAAGUUGUACGAGCAAACAUCGGAGACUGCCAUGCUACUGGACAGAAACCAGUCACCUUCUUGAGACAGGUGGUUGCUAUAUGUACAGAUCCAGACAGAUUGAUGAAUGAUCCCUCAUAUCCAGCAGAUGCCAAAGACAGAGCAAGGAGAAUACUGGAUAGCUGUUCUGGAAAAAGCAUUGGUUCAUACAGCGACAGUUCAGGUGUUAGGGUGAUAAGAGAAGAUAUUGCCAAGUAUAUCACAGAGAGGGACGGCCAUCCUGCUGACCCAGAUGAUAUUUUCCUUAGCACAGGAGCUAGUGACAGUAUCAAGACAAUUUUGAAACUGCUAAUGACAGGAGAGUCUGGGAAAGACAGGGCUGGAGUUAUGAUCCCCAUACCACAAUACCCACUGUAUACAGCUACCAUUGCUGAAUAUAAUGCUUAUCCUAUUGGUUACUACCUGGAUGAAUCCAAUACCUGGGCAUUAAACAUUCCUGAAUUAAAGAGAGCUAUCACUGAGGCCAGAGACCACUGUAUACCGAGGGCCAUUGUUGUCAUUAACCCUGGGAAUCCUACAGGUCAGGUAUUACCAAGACAGAAUAUUGAAGAGAUAAUAAAGUUUGCCAAAGAAGAAAAUCUUUUCCUUUUGGCAGAUGAGGUAUAUCAGCAUAAUAUAUAUGCCCCAGGUUCAGAGUUCCAUUCAUUUAAGAAGGUAUUAACAGAGAUGGGUCCAGAGUACAACCAGUUGGAGCUCGCUUCCUUCAUGUCCACUUCAAAGGGAUAUAUGGGAGAAUGUGGUUUCCGUGGAGGGUACUGUGAGGUGAUUAACCUUGACCCAGAUGUCAAGGUCAUGCAGUUGAAAUCUAUCUCUGCCAAGCUAUGUUCUGCUGUUGCUGGACAGGCUGUGAUGGAUGUUGUAGUGAAUCCACCCAGACCUGGAGAACCAUCUUAUGACCUCUUUAUGAAGGAGAAAGACUUUGUUUUAGGCCAGCUUAAAAAGAAAGCACAAAUGGUGACAGAGACAUUUAAUUCUAUUGAGGGAAUCUCCUGUAAUGUUGUACAAGGAGCUAUGUAUGCUUUCCCAAAUAUCAAAAUGCCGCCAAAAGCUAUAGAGGCAGCUAAGGCUGCAGGCCAGAAACCAGAUGCAUUUUAUUGCUUCCAGUUGCUAGAGGAAACAGGUAUUUGUGUGGUACCCGGCUCUGGAUUUGGACAAGUAGAGGGAACCUAUCAUUUCAGAACGACCAUUUUACCACCACUAGAGAAUCUGCAAAGAAUGUUAGAGAAGUUCAAAGUGUAUCAUGAAAAGUUCUUAAAGAAAUAUAAGUGAAUAUCAGGACUCAGUUCAAAUGUUGAGAUAAAAAUACACGAGUGUGUAGUAAAUCUCUGUCAUUGUAUAAUGAUAAUUAUGUGCUAAAAAUUGUCUAAUGAAUUAUUUGAGUAGCUCACCUCCUAAAAACACCUGUUCUUUUACAGGAAUAAGGUUUAAUAUAUGCAUCUGAAAUUUGAGUAUGCUUGCAAUGUUUUGAAUUUAGGGUCAUAUAAUCCUAUAUGUUAGUUAUAUAUACACUGGGACCCCGUUAUAACGCUGUCGUCGGGGUCCAAGGUUCGAGACCCGCGGAUCUAGCAGGGUUAAAUUUAUAACGCGGGUUGAUCGUAUCAGCGGUAUAUGCAAUACCCCACCCACAGGUAACGUAUUUUGGACGCUGUUUUAUGUUAAAAAGAAAUAAGAUUCAUAUAAACGGAACAUUUAUUUUCCUUAAAUGCUACUGAAAAAUACAUUAAAAGAAUUUUAACGCUGUGUCAUCUCAUUCUGUCGUGAUUCUGAAAGAAAGGUGGAAUUGUGUAUCCCGGAAGUAUAUAAACAUAUAUAACGCUGUGUGAGACGUGCGCGGUCGUGAGAAUUACAUGCAAUGCAUGUAAACACUGGGGGUAUAUGUAACUAAAAGAGAAAAAACGCUGACAGUCUUAAAAAAUCUAAUUCUGAAUACAUGAAUAAAAUCGAUAAAUAAGAUAGAAAUUUUUUUAAUCACCGCCGUUGAUAUUAAAAAGGGAGCACAUUCUCAGUAUGGCUUUCAGUGCGUCAAAUCUUCGUUAAUUCCGAUGAACUGAGUGUAAUGAUUACGAAAAACGGCUGAAGUUUAUUACAAAACUGGGCCUGUUGUUCGAUUUUUUAAUCACUCAAGUGAUCAUGUCAUCCGCUUAAUUGGUGCAAACUUAAACGGUUUGAUAGUUUACUGACCAAUGUUACACGCUUGUUAUGCAAACAAUCUAAUUUUGACACGGUACUGAUUGCCUAAUUGUCACAUGUCUACAAGUAAUCAAACUUUAACAGUUUUAACGCUGGUUAUGAUCAAAUUAAGUAACAUCCGCGGACUCAUUUUUUUUUUUUUUUUUUUUUUUUAUCGAAAAUUCCGGCGCCAUCAGCCUACCGCGUUAUAACGAAUACCGCAGUAUAUCGAGUAGCGUUAUAACGGGUUUCGAGUGUAUUUGCUUCAAAGAUGCAGAUUAAAGCCAUCCAUCAGGUUUAUGUCAAGUUUCCUAAAUUUUGAAAUGUUUUCAUUAACUAUUUAUCACAAUAGAACAAAAUGUCAUAGUUGUUUUUUUUUUUCAAUGACAUUUUAAUGUUCCUCUGGAGUUACGUCCCUUUAUGAAAGAUCAAAACCUGCCUUAGUGGCCACCUGUAUUAAGGAGCCAGUCAGCUAACUUCACAAAUUGACAUUUUGUUCUAUUUCAACUUGUCUUUAGCAGCCACCUGUCUUAUGCUGUCAGAUUGUCAGCCCCUUGACUGGCUGCUUUGCACAGGUUUUGUUUCACUUUCCUUACUAACAGAGAGCAUGCUUAUAUAAAAACUGUAUGGCGUUUAAGCACUUAGUUAUGAAAACAAAUGUUACUGAGUAAAUGAUCUUGUACUUCUAUAUGAUUUUUAUUCCACUUUCUUGUUUAUCGGAUAUGAAUGUAAUUGUGCUGUAAAUUUUUUGUUCAGUAGAAAUUGGUCAUAUCAAAUUGGUUGUGGAAGAUGCUGGCUUUAGGUAUUUAUAAAAACAUUGAUUGCAUGUAUGGUCAUGCUUCUGGUGUGAGAUGUUUGCAAAUGUGUUUGUCUUGAACAGUAACAUUUUAUUUUUUUGCAGUUACAGCUGUAAACAUGUACUGCUAAGUUGAGUGUUUUUCUGUUAAAAAUGUUAAAAUCGAACUUUGAUAGGCUGGAAGUUAGGCUUAAUGUCUUUGUCCAGAUAAUUUAGAAUAAAAGCUGGAUCACAUAUACAGAAACUUAAGAUAUGCUACAAGUAAAUGACAAUACACAUGUAUGUGUUUUAGUUAAUGAGCCUGGCAUAAUUAUUAUCAUUCUAAAAUAAAAAUGGUUCCGUGUGUAAUAAUUCCAAGUAUUUUGAUAUAAGCUUGAAGUUAGUGUUCUCUUUAAUCAUGAAUAAAUAUCUAAAAUGUAAACUCAUUUAUCUAAAAACAUGGGAGAAAAUAGGUAAAUUUUCAUUUGUGAAUUUUCAUCUGCUAAAUUUCUAUAAUGAACUUGUCCAUCUUUCGAUUUGGACAGUACCAUUAACUGUUAAAAGGGGUGCUUACCAAAAGAUACUGACUGAAUGGCGGCAAACAGUGCAAAUCAUGAUCAGACUGCACGGAUGUGCAGGCUGAUCAUGAUCUACACUGGUCGCAACGGCAGAAACAGUUGUAUCCAGCAUGAUGAGGGUUAAGAUAUAAAUGUAGCAGAACGUGCACAUGGCUUCCGUAAAAAAUGGAGCCUGCCGAAACCAUGUAUGUAGAAUACGGAAUUUAAUGAUUGGCUUUACAGGUCCACUACCUUAAACAACCUUUAGAUAUUUACAGAUAACACAACUAGAUGUCUUUCAUACUGUUAGGUACAUUCUAUUUUACAUGUGAUAGAAAUCAUGUUUUGAAUCUCUGUGUUUAUAGUUAUUGCAUAUGAAGUGCUGUGCACUGGAUUCCUGGUCUAAUUGGAUCUGAAAACUUUGCAUUUUUGAAUUUGUUUUAUUGGAAGGUUAAAUAAAAUCAUUAUUAUUUUAUAUAAGUAAUGUUAAUGUGAUUUUAUCAUUUUAUAAGCGGUAUAGAACUAUGUUAGUACUGUUGAUGUCAAUUUGAAAAUCAUGUUUGUAAGUAAAUAUAUUAUGUCAGAUCAAGUGACUUUUGCUCCUUCAGACUGUAUAUUUAGAAUAAUGUAUGUAGAGCUGUCUUCUCUGUUAGUCAAUUAGAUUCAUUCAGUCAAACCUGUGUUAAAGACCACCUCUGAACAGAGACCAUCUGGCUCUAAAGACAACAUGUUUUGUUUCCCAUUUUAACAUUUACAGUGUAUUUCAACCUGUGAAUAAAGACCACCUCCCAAUAAAGACCACAUUUUGGCUCUCCCAAUGGUGGUCUUUGUAGACAGGUUUGACUGUAGUUUUAUCCUAGGUCAAAGCAGAAUUUAAAGACCCUUUUUAAAUCAAUUUUUGUUAACAUCUGUUAUAAUAUAAAGAGUUUUCUGAUUUUGCAAACAAGAAUGUAUCAUAGGUGUCAGAAUUUGAGAAAUAUCCAAAAAUAUUGAACCCCACUGUGGUCAUGACCACGCCCCAUAUGACACCAGAACUGGUUUUUCAGGAAGUAGACUCGAGAGUGAUUCAUAUAAGACUGAAGUUUUCAGCACAAUUGGGCUUUAAAGAAUAAGUAUAAACCAAAACUGUCAUGCUUGUUUAAAUUGUGUAAUGUUAAGAGGUCUUCAAAUAUUAUGGCCAGUGUUUGCUUAUUUUAUAAUCACCAGUUUAGGUAUUCACACAGUUUUUAUGCUUUUUUAGUGAGAUGCUUGUAGAUUUUCAUCUCAACAGAGCGCUAUUUGCAGAGGGUGAACUUUUGUGACCAAAUACCAUCCAGUUUCCAUCUAUUGAUUGCUCACAAGUGUUUCUAAUGACAUCUUCUCUUAAUUUAGUGAAAGUUGAUUAAGCUUGGCUUGGAUAUUUAGAUUGUACUCUUCCAAUUUGUUCAAACAGCUGCAUGUGGCUGCACAUAGGAGCUAAAAAUUGAAACAAUUUUUGUUGAUUUCAGUUCUGAAAUAACUUUACAGAAAUGUUCCCAAGGUGACCCUUUACCAAACAUGUUCAAGUAAUCUUGAUUUGAAAAAAGAAUGCCCACCAGAAGGGGGUGGGAAGGGGUGGGAGGGGCUAGUUUUUACUGUAUGGCAAUAUGGGCAAUGUUGAAAAUCUUUUUCUUUGCAUCAGCAGGUCCAAAUUCAAAACAAUUUUGGCAGAGAUAUUCCUUUUUUAUGUGAUUACUCAUUAAGCCAGUUGCCUAAAUAAUUGGUCUACAACACUAGUCGCUAGUGAAGCGUUUGUCUUGCUUAAGCUAACCCUGUACACUAAUCCAACACCUUAAUUUCUGGUAUACAACUAUAGUGCCCACUUUCUUGCCUUAGCUGCGCUAUAUUUGUAGGUUUGGUGAGUUUGCUUUGCUUUUGGUUCUGUAUAUGAUUACAUUUAUUGUUGCUGAUAUAUCAUUUAAUAAUUUUUGUACUCUUUCUUUUUAAUAGAUGCAUUUAUGUGAUACGAAUAAAUAUUAAUUAUGUUUUAGAAUA